UUUUCGGCUUUCGGUUCGGAGGAGGCAACGGUGCAACUUUCUUCGGUCGUCCCGAAUCCGGGUUCAUCCGACACCAGCCACCUCCACCAUGCCGCCCAAGUUCGACCCCAACGAGAUCAAAGUCGUGUACUUGAGGUGCACCGGAGGCGAGGUCGGCGCCACAUCCGCCUUGGCCCCUAAGAUCGGUCCUCUGGGUCUGUCUCCCAAAAAAGUUGGUGAUGACAUCGCCAAGGCUACCGGUGACUGGAAAGGCCUCAGGAUUACAGUGAAACUGACCAUCCAGAGCAGACAGGCCCAGAUUGAGGUGGUGCCCUCUGCCUCUGCCCUGAUCAUCAAAGCCCUCAAGGAGCCACCAAGAGACAGGAAGAAGCAGAAAAACAUUAAACACAGUGGAAACAUCACUUUUGAUGAGAUUGUCAACAUUGCCCGGCAGAUGAGACACCGGUCUUUGGCCAGAGAACUUUCUGGAACUAUCAAGGAGAUCCUGGGUACUGCACAGUCUGUGGGCUGCAAUGUGGAUGGCCGCCACCCUCAUGACAUCAUAGAUGACAUCAACAGCGGUGCGGUGGAGUGCCCAGCUAGUUAGGCAACAAGAAAAUACUUAAAUAAAAACUAUCUGA